UCAUGAGUUGAUCCGUGAAAUCCGAAUCUGCCAAUAUCGUUCUAACUUUACUCAACUCUCUUUGGGUUGUUUUAAUGCACUGAUAUCAUGUGUGGCUCUGAACUGUGUAUGACCUUGCAGCUGCCUCUUCUUGUGAUAGGAGGAGGCAGGGCAUUUCAGGUUGUUGAUAUUUAUGAGAAGACAGACUUGCUGUCUCCUAAAUAUCUUAUUUCUAUGAAGCGUGAAGGAAGUACGUGACUCUUUCCAGAAGACGUCACAGAUGACCCAUUGCAGAUGACCCGACUUUCCGACACCCGCGGCUGAUAUUAGCGCCAUCUCGAUUUACGACUUUGUUGUUAUCUCCUGUGUUUUGGACUAUAUAAGCCUGAUGUUUUUUGCUGUUCCUUUGAGCAACAUACCCCAUGUGUGUGAGUUAACCCAUAUCCUUUGUAUGUGAUUUAACUCUGCUCCUUCUUGCAAGAAUAAAUUAGUUACCUGAUCAUUGAUUCUCAACCUGGUAUCGAGUGAUAUUUUUCUAAUUGAUUGAAAAGUUUAUUAACAGCUUGUAUAUUGGGUACAGUACAGUACAGCUCUAACAUAUUGGUCCUUCGAGCCGGAUCCAAGAUCUCCUUUUUUCUCCGGGCAAACGAGCCUGACACUGUGCACAGGUAGUCGAGAGAAAAAGACCCCUACCUUGUUUCCCUUACAAAUAAACAAUUUGGUAAUAGGGGGGCCAGGUUACGCUGGAGAGGAGAGAGUGACACAGGAGAGAACGUCAAUACAGGCUCCGUUUUGGUUUCAAACCCCUGGUUCGCGGAAGGAUACCAAAAAAGUCCUAGAAAGACACAGGUAAACUUAUCUAAAGUAGGCUACUUUUAAAUGGUUUGUGGUUUCAAACUAGAGGCCUUGGGUAAAAGUAGUUUGUGGUUCAAACUAUGAGGUCAGUUUUUUUAGUUAAUUAAAAAACUAAAGGAUCUUAUAGUUCGUGGGUGGACAUAGGGUAGGCCUACAUUUUCUUAGUUUUACUAAAACUAUUGUGUGAGUUUAUAGUAGGAUACAAGGUACGGCUAUUUUAUAGUGGGAGACUGAGUACGGCUAUGGGCAUGAGUUUUGGGGAAAACUUUGACAGUUUAGUUUUCUUAGUUUUGCUAAAACUAUUGUGAGCUUAUAGUACGAGGUACGGCUAUGAGUAUUUGACCUAGUUUUGGGGGAAACUAGGACAGUUUAGUGUUCUGGGUUUUGCUAAAACCGUUGUGAGUUUUAUAGUUUAUGCGUAAGCUAUAGGGCAUUUUUACUUAGUUUUGGAGAAAACUAUAGAAGUCUAAUCAUCAUGGGUUCAUGCUGCAGCAAGACCCGUGGGAAGAAGAUAGAAACAGAAAUAGUCAUCUUAUCAGGAGAUGCUAAAUGGAUGAAGGUGAUCGCAUGGAACGAGUGUGAAGAGAUUAAAAAGUGGCAAAAUAAAUACAACUUCCAAGGGAGGUUAGUGGUAGAGGAAUGCCAACAAUUGAUUGAUAGCAUCGAGAACAAAUGUAACGGGAAUAGAAAAAGGGAGGAAGAAGAGGAUUUAUUAGGGGCUAUGAUGUGGUUAGCCGAAACAAGGAAUAGAAGGGAAGGACAUGAGAGAGAGGUAGAGAGGAGACAAAGAGCUGAGAAAAUAGCAGCAUCAGAGAAAGAAAAAGCUAACUCAGAAAAGAAGAAAUCAGAAAAUGAGGUUUUGUAUAACUUGUAUCCUAAUCUCCCCUAUUCCGAGAAACUGGAGAAACUUGACGAUCAAGUGAUAUGCAGACGCCGCCAACCCCCUCCUCCGUAUCUCCCUCCUGUGGGACCUGCUGUGAUGCAGGAGCAAUGGAUAGAUGAAAACCAUGCACCAGCUCAACACCCCGGGGAUCUCCUCGGACCCCUGACCUCCUGCUCGUCUCACCCCUCUGCUCCCCCACCGACUCCGCUGCCUUGGCCCCCCGCUCCGCCCUACCACCCACCUCCACCCACCGACCCUCAUGCUCCCGCGCAGAGAACAGCCGGCAUGAGGGAGGAACCCAGCAACACACGGUCAGGAAGUACCUGACUCCACACAGACAGUGAAACCAGGAGAGUGAGUGUUCACCAGAGCGAUAAAGAGGAAGAGCUGGCACUCGCCCAAGUGGGAGGGUUCCUACCAAGCACUCCUGUCUACACCGACUGCAGUUAGAGUGGCGGAGAGACCAUCCUGGAUACAUCUGACUGUGAAGCUGUUUAAACCUAAAGACAGAAACUCGCCUCUACUGUGGUGAAGUCUGGCUACAAAGGGAGGUGAUUCCAAUAAGGGCACUUGUCUCAAACCAGUGAAGAAACCAACAGAACCCAGUAUAAUUUAAAGAGUGGACGUUAGCAGGGAAACAGUAACGGGUCUGAGUGAUAGGAACUGACGAUGUACAGAGAAAGAAUUAGGCCAUGGCAUCCAUUCGGAUUACAUUAACAUGUAACAUACAAUCUACCUACCUCAGCCGUGUGGGUACUUUUGUAUAUGAAUUUUUAAUCUUUAUAAUCAUUUGUAUUUUCCAAGUUCUAUGUUAUUCCGUAGUAUAAACAGGAGGGAUAUGUUGGAGAAAUACUGUUUUCUCCACUCUUUGGGUUGUUUUAAUGCACUGAUAUCAUGUGUGGCUCUGAACUGUGUAUGACCUUGCAGCUGCCUCUUCUUGUGAUAGGAGGAGGCAGGGCAUUUCAGGUUGUUGAUAUUUAUGAGAAGACAGACUUGCUGUCUCCUAAAUAUCUUAUUUCUAUGAAGCGUGAAGGAAGUACGUGACUCUUUCCAGAAGACGUCACAGAUGACCCAUUGCAGAUGACCCGACUUUCCGACACCCGCGGCUGAUAUUAGCGCCAUCUCGAUUUACGACUUUGUUGUUAUCUCCUGUGUUUUGGACUAUAUAAGCCUGAUGUUUUUUGCUGUUCCUUUGAGCAACAUACCCCAUGUGUGUGAGUUAACCCAUAUCCUUUGUAUGUGAUUUAACUCUGAUCCUUCUUGCAAGAAUAAAUUAGUACCUGAUCAUUGAUUCUCAA